AGACCAAUCGCCGGGCGCUUCGGGCCCGGGACGCCGGAAGGCAGGGGGAGGCGCCGGAAGUGACGCCGCGGCGUGCUGACGCGCGGGCUCGAUCCGAGGCCCGAAUCCGCGCCCGCCAUGGCCGACAAAAUGGACAUGUCUUUGGACGACAUCAUUAAGCUGAACCGGAGCCAGCGAGGAGGCCGCGGCGGGGGCCGGGGUCGCGGCAGGGCCGGCUCCCAGGGCGGCCGCGGCGGCGCAGUGCAGGCCGCCGCGCGGGUGAAUCGAGGCGGCGGGCCUAUGAGGAACCGGCCCGCCAUCGCCCGCGGCGCCGCAGGCGGCGGCAGGAACCGGCCGGCGCCGUACAGCAGACCGAAACAACUUCCCGACAAGUGGCAGCACGACCUCUUCGACAGCGGCUUCGGGGGUGGAGCCGGCGUGGAGACGGGUGGGAAGCUGCUGGUGUCCAACCUGGACUUCGGAGUGUCAGAUGCCGAUAUUCAGGAACUCUUUGCUGAAUUUGGAACAUUGAAAAAAGCCGCUGUGCACUAUGACCGCUCUGGACGAAGUUUAGGAACAGCAGAUGUGCACUUUGAACGGAAAGCAGAUGCCCUGAAGGCUAUGAAACAGUACAAUGGUGUCCCCUUGGAUGGCCGCCCUAUGAACAUCCAGCUUGUCACAUCACAGAUUGAUACACAGCGAAGACCUGCACAGAGCAUAAACAGAGGUGGCAUGACAAGAAACCGUGGCUCUGGAGGUUUUGGUGGUGGUGGCACCAGGAGAGGGACACGUGGAGGCAGCCGGGGGAGAGGUAGAGGCACCGGCAGGAACUCAAAGCAGCAGCUUUCUGCAGAGGAGUUGGAUGCACAGCUGGAUGCUUACAAUGCAAGGAUGGACACCAGCUAAACAACCAAGCAAAUCCGCACAAGUGACAGGACCCAGAAGCCUCGUCUGUGACGCCUAGAGAGGGAGGGUUGGCAACUGGACUGUGCAGACAAUGGUGGAUUUGUUUUUUGUUUCUUUUUUUAUUUCUUCUUUUUUUCUUCCUGUUUUAAAAUAGGAUCUAAAAACUCAUGUAAAGUUUUUUGGUUUUGUUUUUUUUCUUUUUUGUUUUUAAUUCAGAAAAAGACCUGUUUUGUACUGAGUUAUUUUUGGGAUAAUUUUACUGGUUGCUGUUGUGGAGAAGGUGGCAUUUUCACCUUUGCCAUAAUAAAAUAGAAAUGUGUGUAGAA